GGGAGAGCGGACAGGGAGCCGCUGCUGCCACCUCAACAUGGAGUAGCGAGAGCCCAGCAUUUACUGCUCAGGAGCGGAUCCCACAGAGAGGAACACGCUGCGGCCUCUAUUUAUUUUAUCCGCCCAAGUAUUCGCCAAUGAUACAGCAGCGAUUCUUUUUUUCCAAACGCAAAGGAAAGCUCUGCUUUUAUUUGAAAGAUGGCGAACGACUCUCCAGCUAAAAGUCUAGUAGACAUAGACUUGGCUUCAUUGCGGGAUCCAGCUGGGAUAUUUGAAUUGGUGGAGGUAGUUGGAAAUGGCACCUAUGGACAAGUAUACAAGGGACGACACGUCAAGACUGGACAGCUGGCUGCCAUCAAAGUCAUGGACGUCACAGAGGAUGAAGAGGAGGAAAUUAAACUGGAGAUCAAUAUGCUGAAGAAGUAUUCCCACCACCGAAACAUAGCCACCUACUAUGGUGCUUUCAUUAAGAAAAGCCCCCCGGGACAUGAUGACCAGCUAUGGUUGGUGAUGGAGUUCUGUGGAGCUGGUUCCAUCACAGACCUGGUGAAGAACACCAAGGGGAACCAGCUGAAGGAAGACUGGAUCGCCUACAUCUCCAGAGAGAUUCUCAGGGGUCUGGCCCACCUCCAUGCCCACCACGUCAUCCACCGUGACAUCAAGGGCCAGAACGUCCUGCUGACUGAGAACGCUGAAGUCAAACUCGUUGACUUUGGUGUGAGUGCUCAGCUGGAUCGGACAGUGGGGAGGAGGAACACCUUCAUCGGGACCCCUUACUGGAUGGCCCCUGAGGUCAUCGCUUGUGACGAGAACCCAGACGCUACAUACGAUUACAGAAGUGACCUGUGGUCUUGUGGUAUCACAGCUAUUGAAAUGGCUGAAGGAGCACCACCACUUUGUGACAUGCAUCCAAUGCGUGCUCUCUUCCUCAUCCCGAGAAACCCUCCUCCCAGGCUCAAGUCUAAAAAAUGGUCCAAAAAGUUCUUCAGCUUCAUCGAGGGCUGUCUGGUGAAGAACUACACGCAGCGCCCCCCGACGGAGCAGCUGCUCAAGCACCCCUUCAUCCGGGACCAGCCCAACGAGAGGCAAGUCCGCAUCCAGCUCAAAGACCACAUCGACCGGACCAAGAAGAAGAGGGGAGAGAAAGAUGAGACGGAGUACGAGUACAGCGGCAGUGAGGAGGAGGAGGAGGAUCCUCCGGAGCAGGAGGGAGAGCCCAGCUCCAUCGUCAACGUGCCAGGUGAGUCAACGCUGCGCCGCGACUUCAUCCGCCUGCAGCAGGAAAACAAAGAGCGAUCCGAGGCGCUCCGCCGCCAGCAGCUCCUCCAGGAGCAGCAGCUCCGCGAGCAGGAGGAGUACAAGCGCCAACUACUGGCUGAGAGGCAAAAACGUAUCGAGCAGCAGAAGGAGCAGAGGAGGCGGCUGGAGGAGCAACAGCGGCGUGAGCGGGAGAUGAGGAGGCAACAGGAGCGCGAGCAGCGUCGCCGCGAGCAGGAGGACAAGAGGCGCAUUGAGGAGAUGGAUCGUAGACGUAAAGAAGAGGAGGAACGCCGGCGGGCUGAGGACGAGAAGCGAAGGAACGAUCGUGAACAGGAGUACAUCAGACGUCAGCUGGAGGAGGAGCAGAGGCACCUGGAGAUGCUGCAGGAGCAGCUGCUCCGUGAACAGGCCAUGCUGCUGGAGUUCAAGUGGCGGGAGCUGGAGGAGCAGCGCAAGGCCGAGCGACUCCAUAAGCGCCUGCAGCAGGAGCAGGCCUACCUGCUGUCGCUGCAGCACGGCUCCAAACAGCCGCCCGGCAACCACACCAAACUCCCUUCAGACCAUAACAAACCUCCACAGACCUCCACCACCCUGCCCCCUGACAGAGUCCUGGCCUCAACCCCUCAGGCUCAGCUCCUUGACAGUGCUGCUUCUGUAGCCAAAGGCUCAAACCAUUCCUCCAGAGCACUAGAGACAAUCCCCCCAGACAGCUCUAAACCCCAGGCAGCAGAGCCAGAGAAGACUGAUGAGACCUGCCCCAGCCAGCUCUCAGACUCCCCCAGCCCCCCUCAGACUGAAACCCCCACUGACUCUGAACCUCCCCAGGCAGAGAGUCUGGAGCCUGAUAGGCCCGCAGAGGCUGUCACUCAUCCUCCCCAGCCUAUCAGAGAGGCUGACGAGCGCUACCGUAAGAACAUUCAGGGUUCCCCUCAGAUCGCCCCUCCUACCAAGCAGCCCCCUCUGCCUCCCCGCUCCUCUGAACCCUUCUCCAACGGCGGCUCCUCCGAGGCCUCCGCCAUGCACCGGCCCAUGGAGCCUCAGGUCCAGUGGUCCCACCUGGCCGCUCUAAAAAGCAGCAACAGCGCCGCUCCCUCUCCUCCUCCUCCUCCUCCGCCCGUGGUCUCUCGCUCCCAGUCCUUCAGCGAGCCCGGCGGCGUGACCACUAGCUUUGCACAACUCCACCUGCGUUCCCAGGACCCCCACCAUCACCACCACCACCCAUCGCCCGCACGCACUGACCCCCAACCCCAACCUCCCCUCCACCACCCUCAGGCCCAGCACCAGGCCAGCAUGGAGGAGGUUCCUCCCAAGGUACCAGUAAGGACAACCUCCAGGUCCCCGGUACUGUCGCGCCGCGAGUCCCCGCUGCCAUCGCAGCCCGGCAACCAGGGGGGACAGAGGAAUGCUGGCGGUAGCGUGGAGCAGCGGCCGCUGUGGGACCGGGUGGAGAAGCUGCAACCUCGCCCAGGCAGCGGCAGCUCCUCCGGCUCCUCCAACUCCAGCUCCCAGGCCAGUCCUAGCGACCGCUUCAGGCCACGCUGUGAGUCCCCUGCUUCUUCCAAAUCUGAAGGAUCGCCUCUCCAGCGGCCUGAAAACGUCCCCAAAAAACCAGAUGAAAAGAACGUUGCCAGGCCAACUCGACCAGCUGACCUGACCGCUCUGGCCAAGGAGCUCCGCGCGGUAGACGACGUGAGGCCUCCCCACAAGGUCACCGACUACUCCUCCUCCAGCGAGGAGUCGGGCACCACCGACGAGGAAGACGACGAGGAGGUGGACCAGGAGGCGGGAGAGGAGUCCACCUCAGGAGCCGAGGACUCCCGGGCUGGAUAUUCCCAUGGCUUCCGCAGGAGGCUGAGCAACGGGGAGACGGAGUCGGCUAAGACCAUGCUGGUGGAGGACUCGGAGAGCGAGCACGCCAUCACGCCCUCCAAGGAUGGAACGCUGGUCAUCAGACAGAGCACCGUUGACAUAAAGCGGUUGGUCAAUCUCUCCUCCUCCUCUUCCUCCUCCUCCUCCUCCUCUCCCUCGGCUGGCCUUGGUCAGGUCCACGGCCAGCCCCAGCCCCCCGGCCUCGGCCUCGCAGAGAAAAACGGCUUUGCCGGGCGCAUACACCACCUACCAGACCUUAUCCAGCAGAGCCAUCACUCCCCUUCCUCUUCCACAACCAUACCUUCCUCCUCCUCCUCCUCCUCCUCCUCUUCCUCCUUCCCCUCAUCAUCUAGCUAUGCCAGUCCUGCCAUGUCCUCACUGAUCCCCCUGGACAAGCUCACUGCCAUAGAGUCCCAGUCGGAGAGCAACUCCAUGUCCAAACACAAGUCUUCCUCCUCCUUCACUCCCUUCAUCGACCCUCGUCUUCUUCAGAUCUCUCCAUCCAGCGGCAGCUCCCUCAACAACAUGGCAGCAUUCGGGCCAGACGGGCGGCUGGCAGACCCGCUGAGGGCCGAUCCGUCCCGUAAGGGCUCAGUGGUCAACGUCAACCCGGUCAACACGCGCCCGCCCAGUGACACGCCCGAGAUUCGCAAAUACAAGAAGAGGUUCAACUCUGAGAUCCUGUGUGCUGCACUCUGGGGAGUGAACCUGCUGGUGGGGACAGAGAGCGGUCUGAUGCUGCUGGACCGCAGCGGUCAGGGGAAAGUCUACCCGCUGAUCAACAGGAGACGCAUCCAGCAGAUGGACGUCCUGGAGGGACUCAAUGUCCUGGUCACCAUUUCAGGUAAAAAGAACAAGCUGCGAGUGUAUUACCUGUCGUGGCUGAGAAACAAGAUUUUGCACAACGACCCUGAGGUGGAGAAGAAGCAGGGUUGGGUUAAUGUGGGCGACCUGGAGGGCUGCGUCCACUACAAAGUCGUGAAGUAUGAGAGGAUUAAGUUCUUGGUGCUGGCCUUGAAGAACGCUGUGGAGGUGUACGCCUGGGCGCCCAAACCCUACCACAAGUUCAUGGCCUUUAAGUCUUUUGGUGAUCUGGUGCACAAGCCUCUGCUGGUCGACCUGACUGUGGAGGAGGGUCAGAGGUUAAAGGUCAUCUACGGCUCCUGCUCAGGCUUCCAUGCUGUGGAUGUGGACUCUGGUGCCGUCUACGACAUCUACCUGCCCACGCAUAUCCAGACCAGCAUUCAGUGCCACGCCAUCAUCAUCUUGCCCAACACUGACGGGAUCGAGCUGCUGGUGUGUUACGAGGACGAGGGCGUCUACGUCAACACCUACGGCCGCAUCACCAAGGACGUGGUGCUGCAGUGGGGAGAAAUGCCAACUUCAGUGGCCUACAUUAGGUCAAACCAGAUCAUGGGCUGGGGUGAGAAGGCCAUAGAGAUCCGCUCAGUGGAGACGGGACACCUGGACGGCGUCUUCAUGCACAAGAGAGCCCAGAGACUCAAGUUCCUCUGUGAGAGGAAUGACAAGGUCUUCUUCGCCUCCGUGCGCGCUGGAGGUGCCAGCCAGGUGUAUUUCAUGACCCUGGGUCGCUCUUCCCUCAUGAGCUGGUAGCCGCCGUCCCACCGCACCAGCCAACACGACGACCACACCUAAAGCAGUGACCAACAGAUGACGAUUGUGUAAAUGACCAACGACGAUGAAGAAGAAGCCUCGAGCGUCUCGACUGAGGGAGCGGCUUCCUCAAACAAACAACGGAUUGGACUGUAAUGAUGAAAAGAAGCUAGGGACGGUGUUUGGUGGCGAGGAGAAGAAACCCCCACCAGCUUCCAGGUUUUUCCUCCCCCGACCUUUGAGCCGAUCCCCCUCUUCCCCUUCCUCCUCCUCCUCCUCUUCCUCUGCAGGACGUGGGAUCUGUUGCCUGUUGAUGGUUAAAUCUUAUGUGUCAUAGUAAAACUUUGCAUCGUGUAUGUGUGUGAAUGGAGGAAACACUGAGCAUGUGAACGACUGAAGGGGACGAUAAACGCGGCCGUUACUGUAUCGAAGAUUAUGCGCCACACCUCGAGUGUAGCCGUUUGUAGCUGUGUUUUUAGUUCAGGUCCCGUUCAGGCGACAUUAACUCCCACCACGGUAGAUUUCCACGUCAAGUCAUUUAACACUAACUCACAGCCACAUAAGUAACACUUGACAUGUAAAUCUGCCUCUGUAUCUUCACUUCUUUUGCCUUCUCUUCCUUAAAGUGAAGAUUUUUUUAAGGGACCUUCUUGAUAUAUCCAUUAAAUACAGGGUACUGGAUAUCAGCUUGUACAUACUAACGACAUCAACCUUGUAGGCUUUGGACUCGCAGGUUUUACUGACACUCUCUUUUACCACAUUGCCUCACGUACUGUAGGUUAUGUCGGACAGAAGUAGCCCUGUUUAUGACAGCAUGUUGCUUUUGGUGUUAUCGGCAAAAUUAGCUCCAGUUUUUCAUACACUGUAUAUUUUUGCUGCACAUAAAUAAAGCAUAAGAAUGCAGGACGCACCCAUAGAUGAGUUUAAAGGCAAAAUCCACCAUAUUUAUCACAAAUCUCAAUUUUUUCCACCUUAAUCUGCUUUUCACAUCUACUGGAAAUAUUCAAAUGCACCCACAAAUGUGAGAUCCGUUCCCAAGAGCGCCGUUUUUUCAUCCCUCAGGUGGAUUUUUCCUUUAACAUGAGUCAUAAGUAGGGCUAGGAUAAACUGUGAAUUAGACAUGCAGGAUUAGCAGGUGGCCAUUAAAGUAGCAUCGAGGCCAGCGGGCAGAAGUGGCAGUAAGGGAAUGAAGGCAGUGUGCAUAGAUCUAAGAGGGCUGAGAAGAACAUCUACACAGCAGAGGAAAUCAUGUCCUCCAUCUGUUUCAAUUUCACAUCUACAGACUUUUAUUUUGAAGGAGGCUUUAGCUUAAUGUGUAGCUAUAGGGGUCUCCAGAUUGGUCGAAGUUCUAUUAUUGGACCUCUAUUUUAACAUUUUAGACAGUCUGCUCAAGACUUUUAACUGGAUAUUUUUCAUUAAACUGUAACAACACUUGUUAGUCACUUUCACUCCACUUUAAAAAACAAAACAAAAAGUAUACUCCAUCCUGCAGCUGUGUGUUUGUACGAAUGUGAACACGACUUACCAGGACUCACGACCCCACUUCACCUUCUGCUCUCAGUAAAGGUGGUGCCUUCACUGUCUGUCUGGAGCUGCAGAACACGGGAACGAGAUGCUUUCACUGUCCCGAUCAAAAGCAAAGAAAGUCUAAUAGCAGUGUUACGAAACCACUUCAGACGGCGUGAACUAAGCGGCAUAUUUUUAACUCUGACUUAGUUUUUAGUCUUGUUUCUGCAAUUUUUAUUAUGUAACCCUUCAGAUAAGUAUGCGACUGCAGUGGUUUUUCAAUUGUAAUGCACACCUUAUGUUGAAAAUGUUUACAGAAGCAAUUGUUUUGUUAAACCAAUGUGCAUCAAUAUGAAUAUUUAUGGUUUAUUUUGAGGGCAGUUUUUUUUCCCUGUUUUGUAUUUUGUAUUAUUCCCUUUUUGUACUAUCAUUUAGACGUUUGUGUACAGGAAUAAUGGCUCACGUUAUGAAUUACACAAGUCUAGAGUGUGAUUUCACUGAUUCCUCUCCAUCCUGCAUAGUGCACAGUGUGCCCCUGGCUGUGUGGCGGCGUGGAUCAAAUGUUUUCUACCACCCAGGUCCAGGUGACAUGUUCCCCCUCAAACGUCUCUCUGCCAUGCCUCUCUAAUUUAUGUCCUCUCUGUGUGUACUAUGGGAAUUACUGUAUUUUCCUGAAGGUCUUUUUUUCCAUUGAAUAAAAUCAGAAGUAAUUUA